AUGAAGGUGGAGCACCAUGGAAGGGGACCGCGACGCUACUACGAACCCGAAGGUCGUGAAUUGGAUUUUCUCGUACUUGAAACCACUGCCUACACUCGGUUUAAAGAACAAGGACUGUGUGAUGGUGGGAUUGUGCCAGACUUCCUAGAUUCUAUGAGGAAGUUUAACCCCACAUUAUGCCAGCCUCACUUGAAGAAGUUUCUAGGCGACGAAUACCCGACUAACGCUAUAUUUCUUGAGUACAUCGCCGGUCUAGAGAUGAUCACCUUGGAAAAUUACACGCAGGAGCGGGUGAACAAUUUCCUAAAGGGUAUUCGCCAAAUAUAUAAAGCGCUAGUGCGGCAUAGGGAUCCAAAACCACGGAACAUGAUGAUCAUCAAGGAUACUCCAGAGAGAGUUGUUUGGCUGGGUUCUGAUCGAGCGCACACGUACGACAAAUAUCAGGUCACCGUGCAAGAAUAA